UGGACGGCUCCUCCUCUCACUUUCUCUUUCCUCCUCCCUCUCGGUGUGCUUGUUUAAAAUUACCUUCAAAGUCAGAGAAGAGAGCUGGACCCAGAUUUUUCAGGAAUUCAAACUCCAAUGGCGGCUCAAUCCUGCGAUAUGAGUGUAAAGCUCAGGACCUCUCCCGACCCCAGAGCUUCGCAGCUGAGACUUGUCUUACUGGGUAAGACCGGAGCAGGAAAAAGCGCCACAGGAAACAGCAUCCUUGGAGAGAAAGUGUUUCAUUCUAGCAUUGCAGCAAAAUCCAUCACCAAGGUCUUUGAGAAACGGAGCUGCAUGUGGAACGAGAGAGAAAUUGUUGUCGUGGACACGCCUGGCAUUUUCGACACCCAGUUACCCAAGGCCGAAACGCGCAAAGAGAUCGCUCGCGGCAUCCUUCUGACCUCCCCAGGACCUCACGCUCUGCUCCUGGUGGUCCCGAUGGGCCGUUACACACCAGAAGAACGCAAGGCCACGGAAGAGAUACUGAAAAUGUUUGGGCCCGAAGCUAGGAAGCACAUGAUUCUCUUAUUCACCCGGAAAGAUGACUUGGAUGGCAUGAGUGUCCAUGAUUACUUACAGGAAGCCGAGGAAGGCUUAGGAGAGCUCAUGAGCCAGUUUCGCGAUCGCUACUGCGCGUUCAACAAUAAGGCCGUAGGAGCUGAGCAGGAGAACCAGAGGGAAGAGCUGCUGACCCUGGUCCAGCGUGUGCUGACGGAAAAUGGUGGACGAUACUACACGGAUGAGACGUACCAAAAGGCUGAGGAGGAGAUUCAGAAACGGAUCCAAAGGGUGCAAGAAUAUUACAGAACAGAGCUGGAGAAGAUGAGAAGGGAGUGUGAAGAGGAAAUCAGAAUGCUGAAGGGCGAGCCGCAGCAGGGAAGCAGAAAGGCACGGAUGAUGGCGGAAUUGGCAGAAAAGGAGAAAAUCUAUGCGUUAAGGCAGCAAAAUGCCAGAGAUGAAGUUAUGAGUCAGAAUGGAAUAUUCGAAUUCAUCGUGAGACUGUUGGAGAUGAUUGCCUCUCAUAUUUUCUCACGUCUGUUUGAAGACAAAAAAGCUUAAUGAAAAUCUGUCUAUAUUUCCUGCACAUUUCCGGGUGCCCCUGCCCCACAUAAGUCAUUCGCUAAAGUCAGAGCUAUCUGAUUCUGUCUGUCGCGCUCUCGGGACUAGCGGGUGUAGUAAAAAGUUUCUCCUCUAGAUUCUUUCCAGCUUGGCAAAUAUUCUUCAUCUGUUGCUUCUGACACUACUUUAUUUUUGCCUUCAGGACCUCUGUGAUCAUUUUACCCAUGUGGCUUGUUAGAAAAGUCACUUAUUUCUAUUAGGUAAUCUAUAAAUAGGCUUAUAGAAUUCUUUCUAGAUGAACGUAAAUUUGUCUAAUGACAAUUUUUAUGGAAGUACUCAAAUUGUUCCUUAUCAUCUGCCCACUCUCUGAAGAACAAAGAGUUUUCUGGAAAAGGGAUUUCUCAGAACUCAACUAAGGGAAAUUCCAGAAUGAGCAAAAGACAGAGAUUCAACCCAUAAGAGAACAAUGGCGUAUUCUCAUGUCUCUGUAGAGAGCCUUUGACCAUUCUCAAAGUCACCAAUUUGCUGAAUAACCAUUUCUCUGCCUUUCUGUUGGGACCCCACCUCCAUCCCCCGCACCUUGAUUGCUUACUGGGUUGUGGGUCAUCCGCACAGAGCUGCCCACCCACUUGAAUUGUUUGCUUAUUGUUAUUGUAAUAAAACUUUUCUGU